AUGUUAUUGUCUUUACUUGGGGAGAGUGGUGCUGGAACCUCUUAUUACCAAUAUGGUCUAUUCUUCAUUUCUUCUUCUUUUUCUGUCCUUAGACCCAUUGACAGAGUAAAUAAAAGGGGGGAGGGGGACGGCGGCGGCGGUGGUGGUAGUGGCGUUGGUGGUGGUGGAGUGGCAGUGGGUGUUGAUGAUGAUGAUGAUGUUGAUUUUAUUGAUGUUGUUUUUCUUGGUGGUGGAGGUAAAGGUGGUGGUGGUGGUGGUGGGAGUAAAGGUGCUGGUGGUGAUGGAGGAAGAGUUGAACAUUCGAUAAACAAAGGUGGUGCACCUCCUAUCUUUCGCACUGGAGGUCAAAAUUAUCACCGUAUUGGCAGUUUACUACCACUGAAAAGUGAGAAACCAAAAUUUGCCCAGCUAUACAUUUAUGAUACUGAGAAUGAGAUUACAAACCGCAUGGAAUCAUUUAGGUCAAACAUCAUUGCAGAAUUGAUGGAAACUGAAAUUGUUUCGUCCUUGAAAGUCAUGAUGGAUGAAAAUAAUGUCCUAGCAAAGGCAUUUCGUUCAGCACGGGAUAGAUACCAAAUUGAUGGCUCUGCUGAUGUUAAGUUACGGUUAAUAACCAGAAGAAAUACUGAUGCAAGGACAUAUAAUUUGCCAACGGCAUCUGAAGUUGCUGCACUGAUACUUGGAGAUAUUGACGAGAGCGGAGUUAAUAGGGAUAUAAUAAUUGAGACAAAAUCAAGAAUCUUGCAGAGGAUAGAAGUAGUACAUCCAAUGUACCUUGCUCUUCAAUAUCCUUUAUUGUUUUCAUACGGUGAGGAUGGUUACAGAUUACAUAUAGCUACUUCUUCUCGACCAAAUGUCAGAAGAACUGAGAAAAGAUCAACAAUAAGCAUGAGAGACUUCUUUGCAUACAGACUUCAGAGAAGGACUAACGAGUCUCAAAUCCUUUUGCGGUCAAGAAGAUUACUGCAACAAUUCACAGUAGAUGCCUACACUAUGGUUGAGUCAGAACGACUUUUAUACUUACGAUUGAAACAACCAACCUUGAGGCUAGGCAAGUUCAAGCAAUUGCAUGAGUGUAUGGUUCGUGGUGAAACUAAUGCCGUUAACACUGGACAAAGAAUUAUUCUCCCAAAGAGCUUUACCUGUGGUCCAAGGUACAUGUUCAACAAUUGCAAAGAUGCUUUUACAAUAUGUAAAUAUGCUGGAUAUCCAAGUUACUUUAUCACUAUGACAUAUUGUCUAACCAUAGAAUUUCAGAAGAGAGGUCUACCUCAUGCCCAUCUUCUUUUAUUCAUGCAUCCGGAAUCAAAACCACGAACUGUUGAUGACAUAGACAAGGUUAUUAAGACAGAGAUUUCAGAUAAGAGGGAAAAUCCAAAAUUGUAUGCUGCUGUUGAGAAAUAUAUGGUUCAUGGUCCAUGCGGUCAUUUAAAUAGUAAGAGCCAAUGCAUGAUCAAUGGUAAAUGCUCAAAGUUUUUUCCCAAAGCAUUCCGAGAUAGGACAAUUAUUGACGAAGCAGGCUUUCCAAGAUAUCAAAGAAGAGAUGAUGGGCGAACUGUAUCAAAGAAAAAUAUAAAGGUUGACAAUUCCUUCAUAGUUCCGUACAAUCCCGGUCUUUUUCUAAAAUUUGGAUGUUACAUCAAUGUUGAGUAUACUUGCCAAACUUCAGCAAUCAAAUAUCUGUUCAAAUAUAUAUCAGCAUGUGAAGCUGCAUGGAGAUUGUUUGGUUAUCCUAUUCAAAUGAAGGAACCAGCAGUAAUAAGAUUGCCAUUCCAUCUUCCUGAUGAUAUGCCAAUUGUCUACAAAGAUACCGAUACAAUUCAGUCAGUUGUUGAGACUUCUUUUUUCAAGCAAUCUAUGUUGAUUGGAUGGUUCAAAGCAAAUGAAGCCCAUAAUGAUAAAGCAAGGCUAUGUGCCAUAGGAAGGAUAUCUCAUAUACCACCAAUGAAUAAGGAAGAUUACUAUCUAAGGCUACUUUUGAACAUUCAAAAGGGAUGCACGAGUUUCAGUGAUCUAAGAACAGUUGAUGGUGUCGUUUAUGACUCCUUCAAAGAUGUAUGCUAUGCUCUAGGACUGUUGCAGGAUGACAGAGAAUUCAUUGAUGCAAUCUCUGAAGCAGGAACAUGGCACUCUGCAACUUUUUAA